CGCGUCCACAAUAUAUUUCCCGGCAAACAGAAUUGAGAAACAACGACGGAGAAAAAUCAUGGAGCAAUGGAUUCCAUUAUUCCACAUAUUUCUCAACUCUUCAACUCCAGAAACCGAAGCUUCUAUUUGGUUAAAUCAAUCAUUCAAUGCCUCAUCUUCAUCAACAACCCCAAUUACUACCUCAUCUUUCCUCUCUUUACUUACCAAACCCAUUAACGCCGUCGUCAGUUCUUCUUCUUCUCCGACAACAAAGCGGGUCAUGUUUAUACAGACGUUACCCGAUAUGGUUCAGUCCAGAAUUCUGUCAUUUCUUGCUUUAGAACAUCAGAGGUUCUGUAAAAGAGACCUAACUAGGUUAGCCAGGAGUCUUUUAACUGAUAGUUUAGCGGUUGAUUUCUGGGUGAGCACUGCUGCUCGUAACCUGCUUGACCUAUUGUCUGACUCGAACUAUGAAUGGAUUUCUGGUUUCAAUAUGGAUUCUGGAGAAGAGAGAUUUGGUGAUGAAGAAUUUGAGUCACUGCCUAGUUGGCUUAAGGAUAAGGUAGGGGAUGAUGAUGAGAUGGUUUUCCCUUGGCUGCCUGUGUCUCUUGAUGAAUUGAAUUCAAGAGAAUUGUUUGGCAGUCAACGGGAUUCGAUAUUGAGUCAAUUCGGAGAAUGUGCAGGGGAUAGUUUGGAUCAAGCUGUGAAGGAAAUGGAGAUUGAUGGUCCUAUAAAUACUCUGUUAACGGACGAAAUCCGAGAUUCUGCAGCUACUUUGAGAGCUCAGGUUUUGAAUUUUGAGUCUUGUUCUAAAAUGGUAGAAUUAGCGAAUAAAAUUCGCCAGCUCUGUUUAGACAAAGGACAUGGAGAUUCCUUUGCGAUUCUGGGUUUGAUUGAACCUUGGAAAGCAGAUGAUGAAAUUGCUUCGAUACUUAUGUCUCAUUUAUUGAACCCGGGUGAUCAUGAAGAGCUUGCUUGGCCAAGCCAAGUUCUUAGUUCGAUUGUUCUUCCAAAGAUGCUGGUUCUCGAAGAAUCAGCUUCUCGUGUGCUAGUGAGUGCGAUGGUAGAUUACUGCAAACUUCACCAAAGAGCUGCUGAAUAUGCAUUGUUGUUUCCACUGAUGAUGAGAAUUGGUGGUAUCAAUAAUUUUAUAUGCGAUGUGAUUACAAGGAUCGUCAAGGAAUGCUUGCAUCCGGUCCAUGUUUCUUCUUUUUGCCAGAAGCUGUUAUGCAGAGGAGAAAGUGAAAAAAAACUGAUUUGUCUUCCUUCCCACAAAGGCUUGAUAUCCGAUGAACUGGUAUGGACAGAAUCAAUUUUUAUACUUUUACAUAAUAUUUUGAAUCUUAAUAUUCAGUUAACUCAAGAUUCAGUUGAUCAGCUUGUUUUGCAAGCUCAUGAACUUGCUCAAAGGUUCUCGAAAUCCCUAAGAUUCGGGAAUUUCUUGUUAUGUUUAGUUACUAAAUGUUCUUCGCUAUUGACAUCUCAUAAGCUUUUACUGACCAAAGCAGUUGAGCAGACCAAUACUCUUGUUACUAAAUCUAUAUUAUCAAAAUUAGCCAGCUUCUAGCUUCCAA